CCUCUUUCUUUAAACUCACAUUCUCUCUCAUCUCAAACACCACCAUAAAACCCCUCGUUGAACAACAAACACUUGCUAGUUCUUGAAGCAACAAAACCACCAAUCCUAAGCGGGAAAACACAGCAACAUACAACUAAAUAAGCAAGAUCUCAAUCAUUGUGGUCGAAUCUAACCAAAGGAAAACCAACCCAAACCACCCUUUUGCAUGUUUUAAGGAGAAAGAUUCUCGUCCUUAAAAAAAGAUAAGCUUUACUUGAAGCUGAAAAGAGAGGUUAAGAGUUAUAAAGAGAUGGAGGUUGAGUCAGCCAAGUGUGAGUGUUGUGGCUUGAAAGAGGACUGCACCCUAGACUAUAUCAACGAAGUGAAGGCUAAGUUUGAUGGAAAAUGGUUAUGUGGGUUGUGCUCAGAAGCGGUGAGAGAUGAAGUGAGUGGAGGGAAAAAGCCAUCAGCCAUGGAUGAAGCUGUGAAAGCUCACAUGUCAUUCUGCCGCAAGUUCAAAUCCAACCCUGCAGUUAGAGUGGCAGAAGGUAUGAGACAGAUGCUUAGGAGGAGGUCUGGUGAUUUAUCAUCUUCUCCAGCUUCGUCAAAGAAGUACACAAGGUCAACCAGCACUUCUCAAGUUGGGGAUUCUUCGAGUUUCCCUUUGUAUUGAUGAAAACAGGAGAGGGUGAUGAAAACAGGAGAGGGUGCAGGGUGUAGCACGGCAGAGGCAGGGGACACUCUGCUUUGGUUGGAAUAAAAGUUUUUAGUUUCAGCCUUUUUUUGUUAAGUUUUUUUCCCCUUCUUGUCAUGUAUAGGAAGUGUUAUUUCAGAUGAAGGGUCUUUUCUUUUUUUUUUUUUUUUUGCUUCUUUCUUUCUUUUUCCCAACUGAUCUCUAGUUUGGUAUCCUAAUUAUCUUUGUUAUCUCCUUGUUUACUUUCUUGGCAAAAUAGAGACCUGAUUUUCAAGAAAGAAAAACGAUGAUCCUAACUUUAUUGUCCAUGAAGCAGAUCAACAGAACCAUUCUGGUCCUAAACUUUUUGAAAUUUGAUUCAUUUGUGCUUAAAAUGGACAUAACAAAGUUUUAAUGCUUCUGAGUAGUUCCUUUCCUUUGGUAUAUUAGAAUGGUGUUUUUGGUACUACAAACUUCUUUAUUUAAUUAACACAAGUACUUUUAGGACUUGGUUGUUAUGAUAAAUUGAAAAGAUUGGAAUUUUCUCAAGUCUGGUAUCUUCCGCUCAAUUUAGUUUUUGUAUUUCUGAUGUGUUUUUCUUUUUUCUUUUUUAUGAACUCUGAUAUUUAGAAAUUGUUUUAAACUUUUGACUAAUUAAAAGUUGAGCUAAAUGGAGCAUAUAUAAAGCAUAAAUUUGGUAGUUUUUGGAACGCUUAUCAAUGCAACUGAAAAAGAGUUGCAUAACAUUUUUGUCUUUAGGUUCCUAUGUACAUGUGUCUCUGGAUCUCUUAUAAGAACCUUGUUACAAAUGAUAUAAUCGUUCCUUAUCUUUAAGUAACAUGAAUAAUUUGAAAAAAGAUUCAUAUUCAAGACAUCAUGAGAAACCAAAAAUAAAAGUAAACUAAACCUCAACAAUAUUUUUCUGUAAUUAUUAAAAAAAGAAAUAAAAUAAAUGAAUGUUUCUUUAAACUUUAACAUUUCCGUGUAUACUCUGCACACAUUUUCCUUUCAAGAAGAUAGACAAGAAGCUACCGUACUUUGCAAGGCAAGUGACUUUAACACCUAUAUAUUUCUCAUACUUGAUUAAGAGGCGCAUAAUUUAUUUAAUAACUUCUAUUACGUGAAUACUCAUGGUAUAAAUAUAAUUGUGAAAUUUAUUUUAAUAAAUUAAAUAUUGUAUUUUGAUAAAUUAUACAAAGAAAAUAUUUAAAAAGUUAUAAGCUAUACGGUUUAUAAAAUCCCAGAAACAACUUCCGCAAACCUAUAUGAGAAACAGAUAAUCUAUUCAUAAAGCAACAUCUACAUUCAACUAAAUUUCCAAAUAUAAAAUAUGAAUUUUGUCAUUAUUUUUUCAUGGACGUAAGAAUAGUUUAUUUUGUAAAUUGAAAAAAACAUAACUCAAAAAGUUGAGAGUAGGAGAAUUUUCUCCAUUAUGGACAAUGACUUGAUCACAUAUUGGCAGUUAUUAUGAUGAUAGUUUUAAUCUUUUCUUUUCUUCAACUUUGUUAUGUGGUUGAGGCAUACACAAGCUACAAAGUUCCAUUAAAUGAAGAAACAUCGAGUGGCUAAGACACUAAUUUGGUUGUGGCUAAGGAUGGUGUAUGGAUUAUGCUCAUUAUAAUAUAUACUUGAUUACAAUCAACCUAGGUUUGUUUGAAUUAUGAAAUUGUCAUUAAUCUGUUGCCAUUUGUUUAGUGCCAAGUUGAAUUAAUCUUGGCCGUCACUAGCGCACAGCCUUUGGAAUACGAUUCUUCAAUCUUUCAUGCAACAAAGAAAUGAUUGAUUUUCCAUUAUUCCGUAAGGAAUAAGAGUUAUGAUGUCAACCACAAAUCCUCAUAUAGCCGUUCUUUUGAGGAAAUCCAGACAUUGUGCUAAUGGCAAAAGAGUGCUACCCCUAGUGGAAACUCUUUUUAGCAUGGACAUCUCUGCACUUUAUUUAUUAUCCAUGUCAUUAUUUUCUUUGAAAAUUAUUUUAUGCAAUCAUUAAUCAAGAAUGACAAUUUUUGUUAUUUCAUAUUUUUACUCACUAUUCUAGCGUUCAAAUAAAGCAAAUAUAGAUAUAUAUUUAAAAUUCUGUCCUUCUCAUUCUUAUUUAAGUGAUACUUUUUUCAACUUUAUUACUCUUUUAUUCAUCACUUUUUCUCAUGGAGGAGGAAAGAAAGUGUGAAAUAGAAGCAUAUAUGGUCAGCUUUGUAUAGAAAUGUAUAAAUGGAGUUUUCAUCUUGACGAAUUUAGUGAUAAACAUACAAUGUGCUAUUAAUGAAUUUGAUAAGGAAAGAAGGCUAAAAAAGGGACAGAUCGUUGUCUAUGAAUUUGCAAUGUCCCAAUUGCGGAGGACAAAGCAUAAUGUUUGAGAAGGCAGAGCAACGAUUGCCUCACCAUUGAGAAAGCUUUGGAAUUAAUUCAUUGCGCAAUCUCUUGGAAAAGUGAGCAUAUUCCACCGCAGCUUCGUACUUUCAUUGUUAUAGCCCAGCAUUGAUGAAAGUAUUCACAAGUGAACUUUCCCUUCAAUUCAUACACGCUAACAAUUUCAAAAAAGUGCUUCAAAUUUCCCUAUUGUGAAUGAAUUGUCAAUUGUCA